GGUCUCUAAGACCAAUACCCGCGUAGGGUGUUCCAGAGUCACCUAUGCGGAAUUCACACGCACAAAACAAAGACCUCCGUCCCACUUGCAAUGUUUUUGUUUGGGGCGGAAUUAGUCACUGUAAAUUGACUCAACUAUGCCAACCGCAUAAUCCGCCGUAAACCAGAAGCAAACUGCAAGUGCACAGCUGCGGAUCGAAAACAGCAGCCCAGUAAGAAAUCACAAAGAGAUUCACUGAACCCAUAUGCCCAUUCACGCCGUGAUGGCCAAGCGGUCGCACCACCAGCCUUCCUUCGAUGGGGAGCCACCCGGUCCGGAUGAGCUGGACAGCCCAGCCAUCGAGGCGGCGGCCCUCGACAUUCCCCCUCCCGAAUCAGAUAAGGCACUUCAAAAAGGUGUCUGGGAGCGACCCGCUAGUGCUGAAUACAAGCCGACCACAGAUGGCAGCACCGUGCUCCACUUUGACAUCUUGCUGGCCCACAUAAUGCCUCCCGACGGCGAGGAUGUGAAGAUCAAGCGGUUCGUGGUCUAUGAGCUCACUGUAAAGCAGGAUGGAGCCACGGAGGACACUCAGCCGGCAAAGAUUGAACGCCGCUACACCGACUUUCGGGAGCUUUAUCUGGGCCUUAAGCGGCAGCAUCCGGCAGAAAUGGCCAACAAGUACUUCCCAGCCAAGGUACUGAUGGGCAACUUUAAGUCCGAGCUGAUUGGCGAACGGAGUUCGGCCUUUGAGGCGUUCCUCACGUAUGUGGCAAGCCAGGCGAAACUCCGGGACUCGGAGGACUUUCUGCGCUUCCUGCAGCACGACGAACUGACCAGGGCAUGCCAGUUUCUGGAUGAGCGGCGUAACGAGAUGGCCAUACCCAUUCUGGAGAACUGUUUCCGCUUGCUGAACAAGAUAUACAUGAAUCGAUCAAGACCGGUGCUUUUAAUACUCUGCCGUCUGGUGGCUGCCUGCACCUCAUCCCCAGUGCCUCAUCACGCGGCCGAGAGGUGGGCCCUCUUGGCACUGAGUCGCUUUGAGACGUUGUGCGAUAUUGAUCUACUGCCGCUGUACAUUCCCCUGCUCCACACCUGCGCCCACCUGUGGUGGCAGCGCGGCCAGGACCAAAAGCCGAUCACCGACCGACUGACUGACAUGUCCAAGCAGGGCAUCAACACGGCGAACACCGAGAGCCUCAUGCAGGCUAUUCAUAAGAUCGAUCCUCGCACUGAAACAAUUUGAAUCGCGAAUCUCCGCUACAAUUUUCAUACAUUAGUUUAAUAUUUUGUUCUGUAGUUCUGUGUAGUAGUUGUCAGGCGGAAAGUGCAAUUAGAUAAUGUGUGCAAUUAGUUUUAAGGUGAAAUGAGUAUUUAUCAACCUUUAGUUACCAACGCUGUCCUCCAAAGUAGUCUGUUCUUGCGAACAGUGUGUCACAAAAGCCCAGCCAAAUUUAGCCAACAAUUUUGAAAAACGUACGUUUGAAUUUUUUUGUUUGAAUGUUUAAUUCGUUAUUUCAAAUCUGUGAUUUCCAAAUUAAAAUGUUAAA